UUUUUUCACGGACAAAUAGCUGCAAACUAACCAGAUUUAUCCUGUUGACUUUGGCGUACAUGAGCAGACCUUUAUGGAGUGGCAUCCAACAUCCUGAUUGCAUCAGUAGAAUAAUUGAAUCUAUACUGCUUGGAUUAAGAACAUUUUACUUGAGUUUUCACAUAACUGACUUCUCUAGUGUAGGGAAUAAAUACUGGAACUUUUGAAGCUCAGUCAGUUUCACUGAAUUCAUCAAGCCACAUUCUGCUAAGACAGAAUGUCAGAAGAUUUACAGUUCCCAGAUCAUCCAGCCGACAUCAAGUUGUCUGAGAUGCGUGCCAGUAAGGACGGAGCAAAGCAAUCCCCAUAUUCAGUGGAAACCCCCUAUGGAUUCCACCUGGACCUGGACUUCCUGAAAUACGUUGAUGACAUAGAAAAAGGAAAUACCAUCAAGAAGGUUUACAUCCAGAAGAAAACCAAGCAACCAAAAUAUAGCACAUUGCCUAGAAAUUUCAGUAUCAGCAAUACUCAAUUCUCCUCAGCCGAUUCUCAUUCUUGUGGAAGGUAUGGGGACAAAUGCAAGAUCACUUCUUCCCAGGCACCCAACAACAGAUGUAAAGGAGCCAGCAUCCAGGAACUAUUUAAAAGUUCUCUGUGUAACUAUGAACCAUCAUUAUCACAACCUAAACUGUAUGAUUACAGAUCAGGAAAGACUUUAUCUAAUGCCAGGGAACGUUUUGUGGAGAAUGGACUGUCUCCCCACAGCUGGAUAAAACCUCCCCUUCUAAGGGCAUCUAGUGCGCCAGUUUAUUUCAAGGAGCAGAGUUCUGAAGAACAACACCAAAGACUUCCCAUGUCCCAGCAAAAAUUAGACCUAUCACAAAAUGAUGGCUUCAGUACACUGGGCAAUGCAGUUAUCCAGGAGAACUACACCAUCACUGAAGUUGCACCACAGUUAAGUGUGGAACCAACUGAGGUCCGUCAGCUACAGCAGCAAGUAAAAAUUGUACAGGAUAGAAGCAAUGAGAUGGAAGAGCAAGUAAAGACCAUUACUGAACUUAAACAGCAAGUACUUGUGCUACAGGAAGAAAAAGAACAACUCUGUAUUCAGUUGAAAAUUCAUCAGAAUGCAAUGCAGACUUCUGUCCCGGAGAGCAAAGUUGAUAAUAAUGGAGACAAAGCCAACUAUGUCACAGCAGGAAACCAAAACAGUUCUUCAGUCAUACUAGAUGGAUUAGAAACAGUAGGAGGACAGACAUCACUCCGGAGCAAAAGUAUAGCCUCUGAGUUCCUCAGCUCGGAUAAAAAAUUCCAAAAUGAAAAAGUGAUCAACCUUGAUGAUCAAGUUAAACUUGUUUCAAAUGGUACUGUAAGUGUAAAUGAAAACCUUGAUUUCCAUGAGGAAAUCUUUCUGAACUCUUGUGUUGUAGAAGACAAUGAAAACAGAUCGAGGGAUGUGGGUAUUCAAGUUACCAUUGGGGAUUUGGGGUUGGUAUUUGUACCACACUCCAGCACUGAGUUUUCCAUUAAAGAACCAGGAACCAUACAGGAAAAUCAGCUUAAAGGUAGAGCUCAAGAACUUAUGUUGGUAGAGGAAACCGUAGUCCCCAAGGAUAAUAGAAAUAUUGUCUCCUCAAAUAAUCUGGAAGAUCCAGCUGAACAUUUUGAAAGGAAAUGUACACAAGACCAAACUGAGGUACCCAGUACCAUUACCCAGCCUAGAAAUCAAAGCAAUCUAGGUAUCACUGAACUUGAAUUUGGACUCCUUCAACCAAAUGAAUCAAAACAAAUGUGCAAGCAGGAUAUUGAACCAGGCCUACAAUCGGUCACCAGGUCAAUACAUCGUGAAGAGUGCGGUACAAACACAACACACACAAAUUUAAUAGAGACACGCAGUGUAGGGGUCUGUACAGAUCACAUCGCCGUCAAUAAUGCAGAUGUUAUGGCAGUUGUUGAAACAAGUGAGAAAGCGACAGAUGCUACGGUCCGCGUAUGCAGCAAGGCCAUAGAGACUGACCAUGACUCAUCACUGCGCUGCAGGUGUCACGUAAGCAGUAGUGAGGUAAACAAGGACCGCAGUGCGGCGUGUGAUGACAAUAGUGAGAGUGAUUCUGAGGGUCUGAAGAACAUUGAGAGAAGUUUUGCUGCCGGGAGCAAUGCUACGAAGGAUAAUGACGUAGAAUGUCCAGUUGCUGUCAAAUGCCAAGGCAGUGGGUGUGAAAAAUAUGAAUCCCAAGAUGCUUUCCAUGACUUCUCUCAGACUGAAUCCCAGAUGAUUUCAACAAAGCCUGAAUUAGCCCAAAGUAUUAAAACAAUAGAGGGUCUUUUAUGCAAACAGCAGUCUUUUUUGGAGCAGAACUACCCUGAGUUGGCACAGAACUUCAAAAAACUUUGUUCGAGUAUAGGGUCCCUCAGCAUUCAGCUGAUAAGUUCUCUUCAGCCAUCAACUUCAUCACCUCCCAUGCUUGAUCAAUCAGAAAAGAACUCUGCUAAAAAGAAUCAAUCAGAAAUGAACUCUGCCAAAAAAGAGUGCGAACCAGAAAUCAAAACCAUGCAUCGUGCAGAGCCAGUGUCACCAUGCUCCGAAUCUUUGGACUUCAGGGCUGACCUCCAGCUGGAAAUGUGCGUCAGUGAUGCAGCUGUGAUUCCGUCUGCAUCUCUUAAAUCUAUUAUGAAAAAGAACAGUGGAAAUAUCAAAUCAAGUGAUUCUUCAGCCAAAAAAAAUCUUCAGUUUAUUGGGGUAAAUGGCGGUUAUGAAACCACAUCAAGCGAAGAUUCCAACUCAUCAGAAGGAGGUGCAGACAGUGACUUGGAAAAGGAAGGUAUCAAGAAAGGAAAUCAAACCCAGCAUACUGACAACAAAGCAGAAUUAUCAAAAGAUGCAGAGAGAACGAGAUGUGAAGAGGUCCAUCCAUCGUCAAGUAAUGCCGCAGUCACUAUUACGCAACAUUGCACUAAAAGGCAUGAAUCAAAGCCAAGCUUACACUUGGUUUGUCAAAACCUGAAGCUUCACCUCAGCGAGCUGGGAACCACAGAAGACAAAGGCGUGAGGCAGAACUUGAGGACAGUUCAAUGGGAGUGGUUCCAGAUUUCCAGUCAGAAAUCUGCAGCUUUGGACAGAGUUCAAUGCUUUCUCCAAGAACUUCAAGAAAUGUCACCAGAUCUACUUUACUUUAUUGUGAAUUUAGCAGAUGACAAUCAGAACACUGCUCUCCAUUACAGUAUCUCCCACUCUAACUUUCACAUCGUGAAACUCCUACUGGACACAGGUGUGUGCAACGUAGACCAUCAGAACAAGGCAGGAUACACUGCCACCAUGCUCACUUCACUGGCUACUGUUGAAACAGACGAAGAGGUGGCGGUGGUCAUGCAGCUUCUUCGUUUGGGAAAUGUCAAUAUUCAAGCCAGUCAGACAGGGCAGACAGCACUCAUGCUGGCUGUCAGUUAUGGAAGGACUGACAUGGUCAAAGCUCUGCUGAGCAAUGGGGCCGAUGUGAAUAUCCAAGACACCGAUGGGUCUACAGCCCUUAUGUGUGCAAGCGAACAUGGUCACGUUGAGAUUGUUAAACUCCUUUUGGCUCAGCCUGGAUGUAACUCAGACCUAACAGAUAAAAAUGGCAACACUGCUAUGAACAUUGCUUUGCAAGCUGGCCAGAAGGAAAUCACUGAGCUGUUGAGCAUCCACAGGAAUAGAGGCACCUCUUCCACUCUUUGAUUUGCACUCGCUGCUGCUUCCUUAAUUACCUCACAAUCAGGAUUAAAAACAGUAAUGACACUUAUUAACAGCUACACAUUGCUUCCUCACUGCUACAAAUCACUCAUUGGAGAAGUCUUUCAGCCCUUCAAAUUAUGCAAGUUAUCCUUGUAUUGAAAAUCAUGCCUUAAUUUGUCCUCAAAAAUCACAUAUUCAGAAGUUGUUAAUGCUAUAGAUGGAUACUGUCAAAAAGCAUACCUGACUGACACUUGCAGACACUAAAUCCUGAAGCUGUUUUAUGCAAUAGUUCUGUAACAUUGCUUCAAAGAGAAAGGACAUUAAUUCUGAAGUGCAUAUAUGUUACAAGUUAAUGUUGUACCUUUCAGUGCCAUUAUAGUGGAGAGCCUUAUAAAGAAAAUUUGCAUAUCAGCUUAUGCAAAUGCCAUUCAUUUCAAUUCUGAUAAAACUAAUUGAAUACAGCUGUCACUGUAAGACAAAAAAUAUCUUCUGCUUUUACAUUAAUGUGCUUUAAGAUUGAUAUAUUUGCAAUAUCUUCAGAUUCAUGUUCAUUGCAAAUCAUGACAAGAAAAGCAACACACACAAAAUGCUGGAAGAACUCAAAGAGUACGGUCGAUGUUUCAGGCCGAGAGGAGUCCUGCUGAAGAGUUUCAGCCCAAAAUAUUGACUAUACUCUUUUACAUGGAUGCUGCCUGGCCUGUUGAGUUCCUCCAGCAUUUUGUGUAUGUUGCUUGGAUUUCCAAUAUCUGCAGAUUUUCUCUUGUUUAUAAGAAAAGUGUAUGUUGUUGUGAACUUAUAGCCAUUAAGCUAGAAUAAGCUGGUUUUGACAGCAACUACAGUGUUAUGCUAUUUUAGGUUUUAAUGGCUUUGCCUGAGAUUAAUCUUCUUAAUAUUACAGAAGUAUUAUAAAACAUGCCCAGAGUCCAGAUGCACGAUUUAACACCAGCUAACACUGAAUCUUAAAUAUUUUACCGUUACUGUUUGUAAUAAUAGCAAGAAAUAAUGAAGUUGUUGAUUACCUUCUGUAGAAUACCCUUACUUUGCAUGGAUUGAUCUUGAGUCAGCAAUUAGGUGUAGCAACCAUCAUAUUGAUUUUUAACUUUUCAUAAUCUGUAACAUAUUACAAAUGAUGGGAAUGACAUUACUGAUCAAUCAACUUCAUUAAAUCAUUAAAUGAUAUUUUCAGCUAUCAAAAGAGAUUGUUUUCAGUCAUAGGAGACCUUAAAUUGGUCAUUAAAUUGGAUUCUUUCUCCACAUGUAGGCCUCACUGACAGCUUUGCUUCCUCCCAUUUUGUUUUCCCUUUAUUGCUUCAUUCUCUUUCUUUCUCUCAAUACUUCGAAGCAUUGUUUCAGUACCAUCUUGCUGAAGAAACAUUAAAUCUGUGCUUUGGUUUCCUGAUUGGAGGCCAUGUGGACUCUGUUAUCCAUGUUGAUUACGAAUUGUUUUGGAAUCAAAGCUUAAUCCAAAUCGUCGGGUCAGAUCUGAUCCAGAUUACCUGCGUUCAGGUGGGCAUUGGUUUUACAUCUGACUGAUUCCUUCUAUCAACCAUCCCCAAUGGAAGUUAGAGAUGGCAAAGCCUAACAAAGAGAACCAAGGCUUUAAUUCCCAAUAAACAGGUCAAUAUUUCUCCCGAAAUAACAUCACAGAAACAGAUUUUCUAAUUGUUACUUGUAUGUGGGAUUUUCCUACGUUUUCUAUGUUCUGACAACAAAGCUUCAAAAAUUAUUUUAUUGGGACCUUCUGAGGUUAUAAAAUGAUCUUUGGCUUUCUAUUUAAUGCAGUUCAUAUCGCCACUUAAUCAAAUCUGAAACAAUGCAGGUACAGAUCAGAUCUUUGAAAUCAUGAAAUAUAAUUAAGGGAGAGUGACUAAAAAUAUUCAGUCCAGGAAUAUAAAAAUACUCAGUUGGAUACGGCACUGCAGCAGUUUGCACAACACUUUAGAGAGCCAGCUGUAUAAUCAGCCAGGUUCAAUCCCCGCCACUGUCUGUAACAAAUUUGUAACUUCUCCCUGGGUUCUCUCCGGUUUCAUCCCACGUACCAAACAUGUACGGUUAGGGGUAGUGAGUUGUGGGCAUGCUAUGCUGGCAGAGGUGUCGUGACAACACUUGCAGGCUGCCCAGAACAUUCCUCGCUGACUUAACUUGACGCAAGUGAUGUAUUUUAUUGCACGUUUCGAUGUACAUGUGAUAAAUAAAGCUAAUCCUUAGAUCUUU